AUGGCGGCGCGCAGCGUGCAAAACACGGCAUCCCCCCUCUCACACCACAAAGUCUCGUACACAAACCAAUUAAGCCACUCGCCCUCGUCUUCGUCCUCGUCGGUCGACGAAGCAGAGAACACGGCCGACGAAGAGGACUCGGAGGACUACUGUAAGGGCGGCUACCAUCCGGUCUCUGUUGGAGAGGAGUAUAAGGACGGCAAGUACACGGUCGUGCGCAAGCUCGGGUGGGGUCACUUCUCCACCGUCUGGCUCUCCAGAGACAACAUCACCCAGAAGCACGUCGCCCUCAAGGUAGUCAGAUCCGCUGCACACUACACCGAAACCGCCCUCGACGAGAUCAAGCUCCUCAAGAAGGUUGUCGAUGCGAAUAAAGACCAUCCGGGCCGCCAGCACGUCGUCAGUCUUCUCGAUUCCUUCAACCAUAAAGGCCCCAACGGCGUCCAUGUAUGUAUGGUGUUUGAGGUGCUCGGAGAAAAUCUACUGGGGUUAAUAAAGCGAUGGAAUCAUCGGGGGAUUCCCAUGCCUCUGGUCAAACAGAUCACGAAACAAGUAUUACUCGGCCUCGACUACCUGCAUCGGGAAUGCGGCAUCAUCCACACCGACCUCAAGCCUGAGAACGUCCUCAUUGAGAUUGGAGACGUCGAGCAAAUCGUCAAAACAUACGUCCAUGACGAACCUAAGAAGAAGGGCGAGGAUGAUAACAACAGGAAUGGCCGGCGGAGACGGAGGACGUUGAUUACCGGCAGCCAGCCGUUGCCGAGUCCCCUUAACGCCAGCUUCAGCCAUUCCGAUCUCGCAAACUUCCCCGGCAGCACCCAGAGUCUAAACAAGAUCAUGAGUGAGAGUACAGGUAAAGAAUCCCCCAUAGCUGGGCUAGCUCCACCUCCGAAAGACGGUGUUGUAAUGAGUGGUGCUCUAGGCACUUCUUCACCGUCAUCCGGCCUGUCAAUGGCAGAACGACUCGGUAUUAAGCAGCCUACGACCGACGAAGAUGUCCAGAAGCAGCGAGAAAAGACUGCUGACCUCUUGACGAAAGAAGUCUCCGGCAUCAGCCUCGAUAAAUCCAGUGCCUCCUCAAAUACCAAUGCCUCGCCAGACAAAAUGGCUGAAGAUGCCUCCCUCGCCGUCGAAACGAUCUCAGUCAAGAUUGCAGAUCUUGGGAAUGCCUGUUGGGUUGGGCAUCACUUCACCAAUGAUAUCCAGACUAGGCAGUACAGGUCCCCGGAGGUCAUUCUGGGCAGCAAGUGGGGUGCUAGUACUGAUGUUUGGAGUAUGGCUGCAAUGGUCUUCGAACUCAUCACCGGGGACUACCUCUUCGAUCCCCAAUCAGGUACCAAAUACGGCAAGGACGACGACCACAUCGCACAGAUCAUCGAGCUCCUCGGCACAUUCCCCAAAUCGCUCUGCAUGUCCGGUAAAUGGUCACAGGAAAUUUUCAACCGAAAGGGCGAGCUCCGCAAUAUUCACCGUCUACGUCACUGGGCACUUCCGGAUGUCCUGCACGAGAAAUAUCAUUUCCCUGUCGAGGACGCGAAGAGGAUUGCCGGGUUCUUGUUGCCAAUGUUGGAGUUGUUACCUGUGGAUAGGGCGAACGCGGGAGGAAUGACAGGCCAUGAGUUUUUGGAUGCGACGAAAGGCAUGGAUGAUGUUAAGCUCAAUAUUCCGGUUGGGAGUAAAGGAGAUGGGAUUGAGGGGUGGGCGACGGAAGUUAAGAAAACUCGGUAA